GGCGGCGCUGUAACGCGGAGCGGUGCCCGGCGCCGUGCGCAGCCGGCGGACAGCGGGAGCCGGGCGGCGGCUCCUCCUCUUCGCUCCGGCUGCGGGCGGCGGUGCGGAGCGAUGGACUGGCAGGUGCUGACCCGGGAGCUGUCCCUCUACCUGGAGAGCCAGGUCCGCGUGGGGCUCUUCGGCUCCGGCGUGGGCUUGUCCCUGGUGCUGGGCUUCGGCGUCGCCUACGCCUGCUACUACCUCAGCAGCAUCGCCAAGAAACCCCAGCUGGUGGCAAGCAAUGAGCGUUUCUGCCGCUUUCUGGAAGAGUAUUGUCCUGUUGUGACAGAAACUUACUAUCCCACGAUUUGGUGCUGGGAAGGUCGGGUGCAAACACUCCUACGUCCCUUUAUCACCUCUAGACCCCAAGUCCAGUACAGAAAUGAGCUCAUUAGAACAGCAGAUGGAGGACAGAUUUCGUUGGAUUGGUUUGAUAAUAAUGACAGCUUAUAUUAUCCGGAUGCCAGCACAAGACCUACAGUCCUGUUAUUGCCUGGUCUGACGGGAACAAGCAAGGAAUCCUACAUUCUUCAUAUGAUCCAUCAAAGUGAAACACUGGGAUAUAGAUGCGUGGUUUUUAACAAUCGAGGAAUUGCUGGUGAGGAGCUUCUGACUCCAAGGACUUACUGUGCAGCUAACACGGAGGAUUUGGAGGCAGUGAUUCAUCACAUACACAACUUGCACCCCUCAGCUCCCUUCAUGGCAGCAGGUGUUUCUAUGGGAGGCAUGCUUCUUUUAAAUUACCUGGGCAAAACUGGCAGAGACACUCCUUUAAUGGCAGCUGCAAUUUUCUCUGCGGGUUGGAAUGUUUUUGAAUCUGUAGAAUCUCUGGAGAAGCCACUAAACUGGCUUCUUUUCAACUACUACUUGACUACUUGUCUACAAUCUUCUAUCAGCAGGCAUCGGCAAAUGCUGGAGAAAUUAUUUGAUAUGGAUCUUGUGAUGAAGGCUAGAACUGUUAGAGAAUUUGAUAAACAGUUCACUUCUGUCAUGUUUGGCUACCGUACAAUUGAUGAUUACUAUGAAGAUGCCAGCCCGUGUCGCAAGCUGAAGUCUGUAGGCAUUCCAGUGUUAUGCCUAAACUCUGUGGAUGAUGUUUUCUCACCAGGUCAUGCUAUACCGGUGGAAGCUGCCAAACAAAAUGCAAAUGUAGCUUUGGUCCUGACUUCUUGUGGAGGCCACAUUGGUUUUCUGGAAGGAAUAUGGCCAAGGAAGUGCACUUACAUGGACAGAGUCUUCAAGCAGUUUGUACAAGCCGUGUUUGAGCAUGGAAACAAAAUCUUUAGCAUGUAGCUUUGGCUAUAGCGCAGUGGCACAUUCCAACAAGGGCAGUUAAGCUUAAUGCACAAAUUUUAACUACCAUAAGCCAGCAAAUGGAGAAAGUCCAUUACUACACGCAAAAAUAUUUUUUGCCUAAGAUUUUGUAGCAAGAAACUAAAUAAUACAUUGUCACUUUUGUAUUUAUUUUUAAUAUGCCUUACUAAGAAUGACCUUAAAUGAAACAGCAUUCUGCAUACAUCAAAUUGCACUUAACCAAAAGCAUCGAGUAAAUAGACUGUAAUUCCUAGAGGUUUUAAUUUAAACCAGUACAUAUUUAGGAGAGUUAAUUUAGAUGGCUUUUAACAUUAGAACAGCAACAUUCAAAAUAGCAUUUGUUGUCUUGCCAAACAUAGUAUAAGUUGGCCCAUUCCUUAGGUGAAAAUCUUCAGAAAACAAAAGGAGAGAACAAAAAGAAGCUCUGGCUCUUCAAACAAGUCUAAAUUGCAGCAUGCUAUUCUGUAGCAUUAGGCUGAUCGACUUCUGCUGUUUUACCCUGACAAUAUCCAGAGCUAGGUCUAGUUAUUGUGUUUUAAACUAUGCCAAUGCCGUAUUCAUUUUACGUGUGUAUUAUUUUUUUAAGCGGCUUAUCUGUAGUGUUUACAUAUAACGAAAAGAUUCCUUUAAAAGAGUACUGUAAUCACUUAUAUAAUUAAAAGGCAUUUUGCAUUUCGGUGUUUGUGUACAGCUGGGCGUUGUCAUAUCUGUAAUAGAUACUCCAUAUAACUGGUAAAUUCAAUUACUGUCUGUUAUGUUUAUAUUACCUUGCAAGGACGUUACAGUUUUAAAUAAGAAACCAUAGAGCACUAGGGAGUUAUGAUAUAGUCUGUUUUAAAUUUUAACUAAUGUAUCAAUCUGAAUCCAGUGGUGGAGAUGCCUUUGCAUUUUUAUUGCUAUGUUUUGAACAGGGUCAGUGCAAGAAGAAAAUGUGGAUAAAAAGCAAGUCUGGUCAUCUGUCUUAAGUAGCACGUGAACAGUCCUCUUGCAAGGCAAGUAUCCUAGUAACAGCAAAGGCAUGGGAAGAACAGAAAUAACUUUUGUCUUCAGAUAAGGCAGAAAUCAAGAUAUGCUACAUGAAAGCUAAUUUUAUACGGUGGGAGGUUACAUUAAAGAUUAGAAAGUGUUUUCAAGUUUUGACUUUUUAGGCAAGGCAUUGGGCUUUGUGCAGAUAAUACAGUCUAACUUACUUCGUACCCAAUAAGGACAGUGGGAAAAGCAAAAUGAAAUCUUAUGCAUGUUGCUACAACAGAUGAAAUCAGCAUAUUAGUAGGGUGCCUUACUCAUUCUUAAAUUCAUUCCCAUUAGAGAGGUUAUGUUCCUACAAAAACAAUGAGCAAUAAACUGUGUAUUGAGCAUUACGUUUGUAAACCUGUUCGGGUAUGGUACUGUUGAAAACUCAGCAGGAAAUAUUAAUAAAAAAUAAAACCACUUAUAUUAAAAAUACACCUUACUGAUUAAAUAAAAGUAACGUGGUUGAUGGCAGAA